AUGGUGUGGUCACCUGUUCGCGGAUCGGUGUUGACCAAGGGGUGGCCGAGUGCCGAUCGGGCGAUGAGAGUUGUUUGCUGGAUACAAGAACCGCACACACCUGGUCAGUGUCACACUGGUCGAGGUCUCGUCUGGAUUGCUGGAUUGCUCAAGAUAUGUGAUAGAUGGAUGACGAUGCGAUGUGAGAGGGCGAUUGACCGAUGGACCGAGGUACGACAGGUGUCUUGGGCCCGAAAAAGAGUGAGAAAGGGAAGGUGUCGUCUUUCGAUCUUUGGGGAUACGUUUAGGGUGGGGGGACCUGAACAGAGUGGGGGCGCCGAGUCGGUGGCGUUACCGCAAGACCAGAGUAAGGAGGAGAGACGUCAAGUUUUGGUUUUGCGAAACGGUCCGAAAGCUAAAGACAAACGAAAUUCAGAACCUUAUCCGCCGAAAAGAUAG